AUGCGAACGCUGCUGAAAUGGAUCGUUUAUGAUUCGGCCGAGUCGAACUUCGCCUCCGGGUUCAUCAACAUCUUUGUCGCCAUUUUGGCAAUCUCGGCCCUAAUCAGCAGCGACUGGAUUCUGAUCGAUGACCAGACCAACUCCACCCUAAUCGAGCCUCUCUCUGAGUUUCCGGGAGCACAGAAGUGCGAACGCUUGGGUACCCGCGACUUCUGGAGCAUCUCCUCAUUCGGGGGAUUCGUCGAGAAGAACGGGAAGAAGCACACCGCGUUCAGAACCGAGGAUCGGGUAUUGUGGGAUUGUGUGACGCCGCUGGUUGCUGAUCUUUUCUACCUCCUCAUCGCCCUCUGCUUCGUCGUGGCCCUCACAGCCCUCUGCGCCGCCCUCCUUCACGUCCUCGCCCCUCCCCACAGCUUCCUGGCAUGGCUACGCAGGAAUACGGUGGUCGAGAUGUGCAAUAUGCUUCUCUGCCUCACCGCCUGCGCCGUAUCCAUCGUGGCCGAGGCGACAAUUGCCAACCUGCGCCCAGAAGCCUCGGUCAGCGUCGGCUCCGGGCUGUUCCUGUUGACGCUCUCCGGGUUGCAGUCGUUUUUGUCGGCUGUUGUCAGUCUGAGACACACGUCCAAGAUUCAAAAAGCGCGCCGCAUCGACAAUCAGCGCCUGCUUUGCGCGAGGUCCCUUCGAUCGUGGCGGGAUAUGGGUAGAAGAUCUGAGGACACCAGGCCGAUCGUCGAUUUCGAGAGAUACCUCGACUCGGCCAGCGCAGCCAGCGUCGAGGAGCUGUCCGUGAUGCCAAAGAUGGAGGAAACGAUU